UGGCCUACUACCAGUGGAAAAAUUAUGUAAUAUUUGAGAUUUUCAUUAAUUCUUCCCACUACACGAAGAAAAAAGAGGCAAAAUUCAACUGCUUGAAAAUGUUGAAUAAGACACCAUGGCUGAUCACAUUGUUUAUAUAACUCAAAAAAGUAAAUAAAACUUGGCAAAUUAGGUCCCUCACCACUAGUCACUACCCAAUAUAUAUAUCCUCUCUUCUUUCAACAAAAUAAUCUUAAUACAUAAAGCUGGUGAACAUGGUGGAGAAGGAACAGGCUCGACCGCUAGCCCCGGCGGCUGACCGACCGAACAGCAGCGACGAAGACGAUGUCGCGGCGCACUUGAAGAAAAUUCGUCGCAGAAAAUUGAUCAAGUGUUGUGGCUUCAUCACAGCGGUGCUUCUAGUCGUAGCGGUGGUGAUCAUAAUCCUCAUCUUCACUGUGUUUCGAAUCAAGGACCCCAUUAUCAAGAUGAACAAGAUUACGGUCGCACAAUUGAAUUUAGUCAACACUACGACACCAAAGGCCGGAAGUAACAUGUCGUUGACUGCUGACGUGUCCGUUAAGAACCCCAACGUGGCGUCCUUUAAGUACAGUAACACGACUACGUGGUUGUACUAUUACGGAACGGUGGUCGGAGAGGCCAAAGGCCCACCUGGGAGGGCCAGGCCCAGAAGAACCAUGAGGAUGAAUAUCACGGUGGACAUCAUUAUGGGCCGGAUUAUGUCCAGCCCAAAUUUUGUGGCCGAUGUGGCCUCCGGCCUUUUGUCAAUGAAUAGCUAUUCGCGGAUUCCGGGUCGGGUUAAAAUGUUGGGCAUAAAGAGACAUGUUGUUGUGAUGAUGAAUUGCACCAUGACCGUUAGUAUCUCAAGCCAGACAAUUCAAGAACAGAAAUGCAAGAGAAAGGUUAAACUAUAGGGUACAUCUUUAUUUUCUUGUUUAUAUAUAUGGUUGAAAGUUAUUUAGAAAGAUCUCAAUUUUUUACAUAUUAUUAAUUAGAGAGAGUAGAUUAUUACGUUUGUAGACUGUAGACUGUAGUAUCUUGACAGAUAUUAUUUUAGUAUUUUAUUUCUUCUUUA